UGUAGGUUAUGUUUCCCUAUAAAGUCAUGCUACAUGUGACUUUAUUCUGAAGUGUUAAGUCAACUAACUUAAUUGCUACAAAUUUAAAUUAUAACGUAUCUUCAUAUUUAUACAAUUUGUAAUGUGAUAUUUUAACCAUGAUUGAAAAACCUUCUUUGAAAAAUUUAACCUCCACUACGUAUGGAAAACCCUCACCAAAUCAAAAUGAGUUCCUACAAUCCCUUGGUGAGCCCCAUGUAUCAUCAUUCAACUACAUGCUGGCCCAGGGGCUUCAACAGGCCAUUGACAACUUGACUCCAGCACAGUUUAAAAUUGGGGAGAAGCAAGUAAAAAUCUUAAUCAAGACAGCGUACAUUCUCCCUCCUGCAGUCCCAGCUGGAACGGCCGGGGUGAGGUCUCAUUUAAUCUACCCGACGGAGUGUAGGCAGCGAGGCAGUAGCUACACAGGAUCACUACAUGUGCUGGUGGAUUGGUUCAUAGACGGGAGGCCACAGCCCACCCAGGACUAUGCAGUGGGUCAAGUGCCUAUUAUGGUCAAGGUGAUUGCAAUUGUUAACCUAAAUGAUCAGUUAACAGCAGAACCAGGGUGUGUAAGAGAUUCAACCGCCGAUGAUACCUGGUGCAGCAUUAUCUUUGGGUGCUUGAAAGUAUUUGUGGCCAUAGGACUACUAUAUGGCGUGUAUACGUACGACAGAACAACCGUACACUUUUACGUCUUUCUACAUGCAACAUUGAUUGCCAGUAAAAUUAUCAUGUUGAUUGUUCUGCUCUUCUACGCAUCCUUCAGCUUUCGUAUUAUCUUGUGUAGUGAAAUAUUUACAAGUAUAUAUGUGGUUGUCGUGGUCUACAGCUUCUACAAGGAAAUGGAAGAACACGAAGCUGAACCGUGACCUUAUCUGUAGGCCUAUACUAUGGAUGGUUUUGAGAUAUUUGGUUGCAUAUUGAUCAUCCUCUACAAUUAUGACCUACAAUAUAAAAUCCACAACUUAUUGAGACCUAAUAAAUCAAAUGUUUUCCUUUCUACACUGAAUCAGAGUAUUAAUAAAGUUUUUGUUAAGUGGUAAUAUUCCACCUUUAAGUGUUUAAAAUGUCUCAUCUUCCAGGAAUUACGUUUUUUGUACAUUUAUAGAUGUAUGUAAAAUGAAAACCACAUUAAAGCCUCAGCAAUUG